AUGUGUGAGUUUGUUGAAGAAUUCGACGAGGAGGGUACUUCAUUGAAAACCAAGAAAUAUGAAGGAAAACUGUACACUACUAUAAUACCUGGGAAUGUCAAGGAUCACCUCGAGAGGAUAGAACAAAUGGAGGUUCGGGAUGAUGACACAUUCGUUCUUUCCUACCCAAAGUCAGGAACACAUUGGGUGUUUACGAUUGCUAGCAUGCUUCGUACAGGAAAAUCUACAUACAAAGGAUCUCCAGACUUCCUGGACUUCAAUGAUGUUGACGUCUUGGACAAAUUGCCUUCACCGAGAAUUUUUGCCUCUCAUAUGACCUUUGACCGACUUCCCCGUCAGGUCAGAGAAGGAAAGGGGAAGGUGUUUGUUGUUUCCAGGAAUCCUAAAGAUGUCGCUGCUUCUCUUUAUGUAUUUUUCAUGAAGUUAGAAAACGCGGAUUUUUCAGGAUCUUGGGAGGGUUUUUUGAGGUUUUAUAUGCAGGGCAAAAUGCUGUAUGGAUCCUGGUUCGAAACACUAUUCGACUGGGAGAGGACCAAGGACACGUACAAAGGAGAUAAUAUUAUGUAUCUGGUGUACGAAAAAAUGAAAAAGGAUCUCAGUUCCCAUGUUGAUAAGAUGGCGUCGUUUUUGGGUGUGACAUAUGACAAACCAUUCCUUGAUGAGGUCACAGACAGGUGCACGUUUAAAACAAUGAUUAAAACUGUCAUGGAGGAAAUCAAACCACAAGACCAGGAUUUUAUACACAAAAUGUCUAAAGAAAAGAAGUUACCUAUCUACAGGAAAGGAGAAGUUGGAGAUUGGAAGAACCAUUUCACUGUGGCGCAAAACGAAGCAUUCGACAGACUUUACGAAGAACAAAUGCGCGACUCGAAGUGUAAAUUCAGAUUUGAGUAA